UACUGGCACUUAGCCAUGAAUGUGUGCACAUGUGAACACAGUAACAGUGAACGCACCUCACAUACAGGCCCCGCCCACCUCUGCUCCUGUUCUAAACAGGUGGUCAUCAGCCUCAUUGAAGACAGAAGCUCAGAGAGGAGGGUGAAGACAGGUAGAGACAGCAGCAGUAUGACGAUGGCGGAGGCGGCGGCUCCAGAUCUGUUCUCAGAGCAGGAGCUAACUUGCUCCAUCUGCCUGGAUUUGUUCGAUGAACCUGUCUCGACUCCCUGUGGACACAACUUCUGCCAGGCGUGUAUUGGCGGUUACUGGGCGUCCAGUCCGGUCUGCACCUGUCCUCUCUGUAAACGCCAGUUUGACGAACGUCCUCAGCUCAGCGUCAACAAAGUCUUCGCUCUCAUUGCAGAUAAGUACAAAGUGGCUCGUUAUGGUGCCACGGGGUUACCACAGCCGGUCAGAAACACGGCAGCGGUGCUGAUGGGCACCGCGAUGGCGAACGCAGACAUGGACAGCACCAACCCGUUUGUGAUGGCAUCAGGUGAGGAGGUGGUGUGGUGUGACGUCUGCACAGGUGUUAAACAGCCAGCUGUCAGCUCCUGUCUCACCUGCACCGCCUCAUACUGCACUGAGCAUGUGCAGCCACAUCAGACCACACCCUUCUAUGCCAAACAUCCACUGAUGGACCCCCAGGAGGCCCUCCGGGGCCGCACAUGCUCAGUCCAUCGCCGCUUGCUGGAGGUGUACUGUCGAACAUGUCAGCGCUGCAUCUGUGCCAUUUGCGUCCUGGAGGAGCAUCGAACGCACAAGACCGUCUCAGUCCAAACUGAGAGACUCAGCAAACAGAAACAGGUAGCGAGGACGGAGCAGGAGAUCCUGAACCGGAUCAAAGAGAAAGAGAUUCGUGUUGCUCAGCUGAAGAGGAAACUGGAGGGAGCCAAGAACUAUGCAGAAGGAGAGCGAGGUGAGGUGGAACACCUCCUGGACGAAGUAUCCAGUCAGUUGGACAGGAUCCGGUCUCAGGUGGUGCGUGAGAUUGAAAGCCAGCUGGAUGCUGUGAUGUCAAAGGGGGAGGGGCUGGUGAGCCGUCUGGAGACGGAGCUUCGCCAGCUGCUGGACAGGAGGGCCACGCUGGAGGUCCAGGCCAUCAGUCAGGAUCACAUCGGCUUCCUGCAGAGUUAUGAGGAGGCCACAGCUCCUCUGUCGGAAGACCAGCAGGGCGAUGUGGAUGAGGACCAGGAGUUCUCCCUCCACUUCCACCUGGGGGAGGUGAAAAGCUCUCUGUCUGAUGUCAAGGACAAGAUGGAGGAAAUCAGGAUGGGGGGCGUCCGCUCCAGGGGCUCCGCCUCGUCUGGUGAGCUCAUGUUGGCAGAGAGCAUGCUCAGUCUAAGAGGAAGCAGCGCCAGUUUGAGGAAGAGUCAGUGGUCUCUGAGAGAUCUGAAGAAGAACAAACUGGUCUCAGGACAUAAGAAGGCCCGAGUCUACAUGGAGGACGUGACGCUGAACCCGGUGACGGCGUAUCCCUUCCUGAUCCUGUCAGAGGACAGGAAACAGGUGAAGAGAGGAGAGAAGCUGCAGUUCUACAGAAACAGUCAGCAGCGUUUUGACGUCUGGUCCUGCGUCGUUGCUAAAGAAGGCUUCGACACCGGACGACAUUACUGGGAGGUAUUCGUUGGGGAGAGUAAAGACUGGAAGCUGGGAGUGGUCAGUGAGUCAGCUCAGAGGAAAGGUCUGUUUGACAUGAGUCCUUCUAGCGGAUACUACGCCAUCUGGUGGAGCGGCAGCCAGCUCCGAGCGCUCACAGCACCGCCUCUGACCAAGGUGAAGGCUUCUCCAAAGCUACGGCAGGUGGGUGUCUUCCUGGACGUGGACGAGGGUCAGGUGUCCUUCUACAACGUGAAGUCGGGUUCGGAGAUCUUCACCUUCACCGGAUUGUCCGAGUUCACAGAGAGGAUGUUUCCUUUGCUGGGCACUGGAGACAAGGAGGUCCCCCUCAUCCUCAUGACCACUCAGCACCAUCUGGCCUGAGGGAUCGGGACUGAGACGGGACAAAGGGGGUCAGAACAUGAGGGGGGUGCAGGGGAGAAAGGAGGAGGAGCUGGAACACUAAGGACUGUUGGCAGCCAUGUUGGAGGCUUCCAGCUUAGAUGGAACAGAUUUUGAUUUGGUAGAAACGUACAGCAGCGUAUGAGAAGAUGUCUUCGGUUCAUCUUGUUCUAAGCAGAACAUGAAUGUUCUCACGUUCCACAAAGGUCCUGUAACAGGCUGUGGCAGUGGUGGAGGUGGUUCACUGCAGUGCCACGUGUCUGGUGGAACUGAGGUUUGUUUUACUGGAGGCAGGAGGGUCUGCAGAAAACCGUACGGAGGCUCAGAGUCCAGCGAGAUUGGGAAAUAAAUGAUAAUAAUCUAUGAAAGUUAUAUUAAAUUUCUAAAGUCUUUUUUACUUUUAAUGACGGUGCAGUUGACUCCGCCCCCUCACCUUUCGACUGAUCGUGAGGACUUGCUGACCACACCUGUCACCUGUAUUCUUUUGAGCAAAGCUGUUAAAUAAAGACAAAGAUCACAAA